AUGAACCCAACUCUCGGCUUUCCAGGCAUUCGAGCCACACUGGUUGCUCUCACGGCAUGUCUUUCACUCCUACCAACAGCCACGGCCAAUUGGCGCUACAAAUCGAGACCCGACCUGGCGCCGCCGACAUUGAACAUCACGAUCCCGGCGACCAAGGAGGUCGAGACGGGGUACCUCUUCAUGGCGCCCUUCGCGGGCUAUCCCGAGGGAACACACCAUGGACCGGCUCAAGCGGCGCCGUACAUCUUCACCGACACGGGCGACCUGGUGUGGUCGGGGUUCACCUACUUCUCCAUCUGGGCCACCAACUUCCAAGCCGGGCGAUGGAAAGGGAAGGACAUUCUCUUCUGUUUUGAAGGGAGCCACAACGGGGCAUACGGUCACGGCCACGGGCACACAACAUUCCUCGAUCAGAACUACGAGACCAUCCGAGAGCUGCGGGCGGGGAACCAUCGCCUCACGGACAAGCACGAGUUUCACAUCAUCAACGAGGAAACGGCUUUGAUCCAGAUCUACCACCCUGUCCCCUACAACCUCACAGCAUACGGAGGUAGUGAAGAACAGCAGUGGAUCGUGGAUGCCAAAUUUCAAGAACUUGACAUUGAGACCGGAGAAGUUCUGUUUGAAUGGAGCAGUCUCGAACAUGUCGACCCUUCAGAGGGCUACUUACCCCUGAACCCGGGUCAAGCGGGUGCAGGAUACAACAGCUCCGACGCGUGGGACUAUUUCCACAUCAACUCGGUCGACAAGGACGACCAAGGCAACUAUCUGAUCUCGGCGCGCGACGCCAAUGCCGUGUACAAGAUCAACGGCACCACGGGCGACAUCAUCUGGCAGCUGUCGGGCAAGUCGUCCAGCUUCAAGAUGGGCCCCGAGGUCGAAUUCGCGUUCCAGCACCACGCGCGGUUCCAGGGGAGAAACGAGAAUGGCACCAAGGAGAUCAUCAGCCUGUACGACAAUUCGGCGCACGGGACGGAAAACGACCACGGGCACGAGGUGCACUUCUAUAAUAUCUCGCGGGGCAAGAUCAUCCAAGUCGACACCGAGGCCUGGGAGGCUGAGAUCGUGCAGGCCUUCCACCCGCCCGAUGACCUGUUGUCCAAGUCGCAGGGAUCGACCCAGCUGCUGCCCAACGGCAAUGUCCUGGUCAACUGGGGCUCCGAAGGCGCCAUGACCGAGUUCAAGUCCGACGGCACCCCGAUCUUUCACACCUACAUGGACUCGGGCUACCUGGGCCUGGGCGUCGAGAACUAUCGCGGUUUCCGCUACAACUGGACGGGAACUCCCAACGAGGCGCCCGCCAUUGUCGCCCUGGAGGACGGCGAGAGCACUGAAAUCUAUGUGUCGUGGAAUGGCGACACGCGCACCAAGGUCUGGCGGUUUUACGAAGUCUUCCGCGGUCGCCGGGCCUAUGUCGGCGAGGCCAGGCGAGAGAGCUUCGAGACCGUCCUGAAGCUGGAUCGUGUGGGCGUCAAGACGGUGCAGGCCGAGGCGGUCGACGCAGAAGGCGAGGUUCUUGUCGACACCUCAGCGGUCAAGCCGGGUGUCAUGAUCCACCAGUUUGACGGCGAGGGCAGGAAGAAGAAGAAGACGGAGAAAGGUCUUGUUCCUUGGUUGACAUUGCAGGGAGAAAAGUUCUUCAGAGGCAAGGACAUGUGA